AGUACCUGGACAAUUAGGUACCCACGACUUCUUCAAUGAACCUAUCUCACCUUCCGUCGGAUAUCCAUACUGCUCGGAUUCUGUCUUGACCCAACACACCGCACCUUACACCCGAUAAUGUCGCGACGUGAGCCGCCAGAUUUGGGCGCGCUUUUGCGAAAGCGGAAAGCUGAAGAAGAGGUUGCGUCACGGCCGCGCUUUAUCCCAAAGGCAGAACGACUGAGGCUCGAAGCCGAGAAGUUGGCCAAAGAGGAAGAGGAACGCAAGCGAAAGCAAUCUGAAGGCUCGAAAAAGAAUGGCACCAAGAAGCCAGCUUCGUCAGCUCCGUCGUCCUCAGCGACGGCCAUACCCACAGGUCCCAAGGCCAUGCGAAAUGUCGAGAAUGGCGAUGAUAGACGGAAGGGCGUAAAUGGCCCAAACAGCAACCGGCCGCCGCAGAAGGGCAAGCGCGAUGCUGAGGCCAACGGUAAAUCUAUCGAGAGCGAUGACGAGGUAGAGAGGAGGGCUCGUUACAUGGGCCCUGUUGUCAACCAGUCGACGUUCUCGGCGAAGAAGAAGCGGCGGAGGACAACCGACAAGAAGUUCAACUUUGACUGGGACCCCGACGAUGAUACCAGCCGACCGUCGGAUCCUCGUUACGCUGAGCGACCGGAACCCGCCUUCAGACUGGGUGGCUACGGCGACCAGAUGACAAGUGAGCUAGUUCGACGAAAAGCCGACGCCAUCCGCAGGAGCGAUCGCGAACACGGGGAGGAGCGCGCGCAACAGCUUCUGGAACAGCACCAACGGGCGAAACAGGCUUCCGAGCGGAAUGGUCUUGGCAGACACUGGUCAGACAAGAAACUAUCGGAAAUGAAGGAGCGCGACUGGCGCAUCUUCAAGGAGGACUUUGGCAUUGCCACCAAAGGAGGUUCCAUUCCGAACCCUAUGCGGAACUGGGAGGAGUCUGGCCUUCCGAGACGGCUUCUCGACAUCAUCUCCGACGUUGGAUACGACGAGCCUUCUCCGAUUCAGCGGGCAGCGAUCCCCAUCGCUCUACAGGCUCGAGAUCUCAUCGGCGUCGCCGUCACAGGUUCCGGAAAAACUGCUGCGUUCCUGUUGCCUCUACUGGUCUACAUCUCGGAACUUCCCCCGCUGACCGAGUUCACCAAGAACGACGGCCCAUAUGCCCUCAUCCUUGCGCCAACCCGUGAGUUGGUGCAGCAGAUCGAAGCCGAAGCAAGAAAGUUUGCUGGUCCUUUGGGCUUCACCGUUGUCAGCAUCGUCGGUGGCCACUCCUUGGAAGAGCAAGCAUAUGCGCUGCGUAACGGAGCAGAGAUUAUCGUUGCCACGCCGGGGAGAUUGGUCGACUGCAUUGAGCGACGGCUCCUCGUUCUGACUCAAUGUUGCUAUAUCAUCAUGGAUGAGGCCGAUCGGAUGAUUGACCAGGGAUUUGAAGAGCCUCUGACUAAGAUUCUCGAUGCGCUGCCCGUCACCAACGAGAAGCCGGAUACGGAGGAAGCUGAGAACCCGCAACUGAUGAGCCGCUACCUGGGGGGCAAGGACCGCUAUCGACAGACCAUGAUGUACACGGCAACCAUGCCCCCACUGGUUGAGAAAAUCGCAAAGAAGUAUCUCCGGCGGCCGGCAAUAGUGACGAUUGGUAAUGCGGGCGAAGCCGUCGAGACGGUCGAGCAGCGAGUCGAGUUCGUGUCGGGCGAGGACAAGCGGAAGAAGAGGCUUCAGGAGAUCCUCAAUUCCGGCCAGUUCCAGCCGCCUAUCAUCGUGUUCGUCAACAUCAAGCGCAACUGUGACACCGUGGCGAGAGACAUCAAGUCCAUGGGCUUCUCAGCCGUUACCCUGCACGGAAGCAAGACUCAGGAGCAGCGCGAGGCGGCACUGGCGUCUACAAGGAACGGACAGACGGACAUUCUCGUUGCUACGGACUUGGCAGGACGUGGUAUCGACGUGUCGGACGUCUCCCUCGUCGUGAACUUCAACAUGGCUAUGAACAUCGAGUCCUACACCCAUCGUAUUGGACGAACGGGUCGUGCCGGAAAGAGCGGCGUUGCCAUCACAUUCCUAGGGCCCGAGGAUACGGACGUGCUGUACGACCUGAAGCAGAUCAUCUCCAAGUCUUCUAUAUCCAAGGUGCCAGAUGAGCUACGGCGACAUGAGGCAGCGCAAUCGAAGCCAGUUCGCGGGGGGGCGAAGAAGACUGAAGACUUUGCAGGGUUUGGAGGAAAGGGUUCUCAGUGGUAGGGUAGGGUUGUAGGUGGCUAUGAGAUGCAGUUGGGAUUUUGGGGCAAUGGGGGUGGAAUCAGGGCCUAGAUGACUACAGACCUACGUACCCACGUAACCAUAUCUAAUCUGAUGCUUAGCAAGAUCAGUGGAUCCAUAUAGGUAUGUAGCUUCGGACUAUCGGUACCCAAAUAGGUUGGUAGUAGCGCCGGUGCCGGCCACCGAAUGUUUGACCCGCAAGUCUGCCCCUCCAUGACGGGACCGAGGUCCACUUGAUA